CCGCUCGGCUCUUUCCGGCGGUGUUGAUGUUGUGUUCGUCUCCGCCUCUCCCAGACUGCUUUAUGUCUGGCAGCAGAGACCAUGCGCGGUCGCCAUAUUACGGAGCACCCCUCCCCUCCAGCCCCGUCACAGCACACAGAGCCACAGCAGCAUCGGUGCGGGCAGCAGGCUACACACUGAACAACGCUACCGCUGGGGAGGACCAGUGAUACAGCAAAACCAGGAGCAAAGCGAGGAUUCCGCGGGAUGGAUUAAACCUUUUGUUCGCCGCUCAUUAAGUGAUUACACUCGGGUUUUGACGGGCGCAGAGCACCGGAUGAAAGGUCGCUUGUUUAUAUUUUCUUUCCGUUUUGAGUGAAUUCAGCCGCCGAGACGACUUCACCGUUAAAGUCUGUGCUCAAGCUAGCCGGUGAUGGAGACUGGCAGCUAGCUUAGCUGGCGUUACUCCUCUUGUCAGGCUAGCAUCGCUGAUAUAUAAAUAUAAAUAUAUAAACGCUAACUUUAAAUAAAUCAGCUUUUUUUUCCGGAGACGAAAGUGUGAGAGCUUUAAAAUAUAUCAGAAGAAACGCACAAAAUGUCUGCUCGUGUUUAACGGAGGCACCAACGGAUAUCAACCGGCGAAUUACAACUGGCAUCAGCUGACGUUAGCUCGCGAGCUAGUCAGCGACUAGCCUCUUUUUUUUUGUGUCACCGGAGGAUAGAGGCUGUAAAUAUCGGCGCUAACUUUGCCUGAUAUUUGAGAGCAGCUCAGUUCAAAUAUAUUUAUUUAUUUAUUUUUUUGAUCGUGUUGUCUGUUGACUGUAGUUUUGUCAAGACGGCGCCGUUAACGAGCUACAACCUUAUUGCAUACUGUCAGAGACCAACUACCCCCCGGAUCCUCUCGAAAUGCAUCAUCCGGACCCUGCAGGAGACUCUGGCAGUGUUAGAAAGAUGGCGCACCCGGCUGUCUUUCACAGAAGGGGUAGCAACACAGGCAGCGGGGGCGGCUCCGCGGUGUCAACACCGGUGGCAAACCCGGUGGUCAAUAACAGCCACGUCCCAGCCGACGAUUAUCAGCCGCCUUCACUGUUGAUUCAGUGCCAACCUCCUGCUGGUUCAUCCUCCCCGGGUCUCCAUCAUAUCCCACCCCACAGCUUGAAUCUGCACCCCCAGCCCCAGCCUGCACAGUCGGCUGGCACUCAGAUAAAAAAGAAGAGCGGUUUCCAGAUCACCAGUGUGACGCCGGCGCAGGUAUCUGUGAGUACCAACAACAGUAUUGCAGAGGACACGGAGAGCUACGACGACCUGGAUGAGUCCCACACGGAGGAUCUGUCAUCUUCUGAAAUCCUGGAUGUCUCCCUCUCCCGAGCUAACGACAACGUGGGAGCGGAGAGGAGCUCCUCAGAGGAGACGCUGAAUAAUUUCCACGAGGCAGAGACCCCUGGAGCUGUCUCCCCCAACCAGCCGUCGCACCCUCACACCCUAAACCAGGUGGCUCAACAGCAGCACGGUGGAGCCAUGGUGAACGGGACUGUGCACCAUCACCAUCAACACCCUCAUCACCCUAACCAUGCCCAGGUCUAUCCUCUUUCCUCUGGGCCUGGGAGCACCCUCGCUUCUGGAGCUUUACCUUCUGUCACCCAGAAAAUGCCUUCUAACGUGGGGGUCCCUCAAGAGAACGUUUCCCAGGCCGCCCCUCCAAGUAUUGUCGCUCAGCCUGUGGGGGUUAUGGCCCCGGGAUCUGUCCCUGGAAUGCACAGCUCCACUACGGGCACUACAGUUAGCAUAGUUAAUCCCCAGACCAGCAGUGUUAGUAAUGUGAAUAUGUUGAGCUCUGCCAACGUGCCUGUGAGAGGGGGGAUCAGCACGAUAGCUAGCAGUAGCAGUGGUGGCUUUCCUCUCAAUGUGAUAAGCAGCACUGGGGGGAGCGGAGUUGGAGGUGGUGCUGUUGCAGCAGCAGCCGGGGGUAAACUUAUAACGACCACUAAUGUCGGCAUGAUCCAACAACACCAAAACAUCAUCUCCAACAUCACUAUGACGACUUCGGCUACUGCUACUGCUGCUGUCGCUGCUGCUGUCAGUGCCUCUGGAGGGAUUGGACUCUCCACUGGGAUCCAGGGAAGGGUUGCAGCUGCUGGGCUGCAGGCCAUGAGUGUCCCCGUCACAGCUGUGGCCACAGCACCUGUACCAUCCACUCUGGCCCAGCCUGCCCCGGCUCCUGCUCCAGCUCCUGCUCCUGCAGUGGCGACCACCAGUUCUCGCUUCAGGGUGGUGAAGCUGGAUUCUAGCUCUGAGCCCUUUAAGAAGGGCAGAUGGACAUGCACUGAAUUUUAUGACAAGGAGACCCCAGCGUCUGCUCCCAGCUCUUCUGCAUCUGAUACUGGGUCUCUCAGCAUGCGUCAGUUUGUCUCUGAGAGUUUCGCUGGGGCCUCGGAGAGGGAAAGCACAAGUGGUAGUUCUGUGAGUAGCACUAUGAGUACACUGAGCCAUUAUACUGAGAGUGUGUGCAGCGGAGAGACUGGGGGACCCCCAGUACCCCAGCAUGCCCAGGAUUACGCCUCCCCUCCUCAGGGCUAUCAAGGAAUCCUCCCCAGUGGCUUAAGCAUGGGAGUGUCCCAAACCCAACCUCACAUGCACCCCCAGGAUAUCAAUAAUUCACACGUGAAGACUACUGUGGCCCCCUCAGCUCCCACAAACAUCCACCAGACCACCAUUGGACACCCUACGUCUGCUGUACACCAGCAGCAGCUCACCUAUGCCCAGGCAGUUGCUAACCAAUCCACAGCCUCGACACAGGGCCUAGUGGGUGUUCAGCAACAGAAGAUGGGCUAUGCCACCCUGCCACAGCAGCAAUCCGCCACCCCGCAAGCAGCCCAAGCACAGGUGAGGCCACCUGAAUACACCCAGCAGCACCAAAGUAUUCCCCAGGGUGCUGCUGCCUCUCAACCUCUGUCCAACCAAGCUGCUUCAGCUCCCUCUGGGCCAGCUAAUGGAGUGUGUCAGAUGAUGGGCGCCCUGCAACAGCCACAGGCGCUCCUUCACACACAGUCCUCCACCCUUCAGGCCGCCACCUCCACUAUGCCCUCUCAUGUUGGAGUACCAGGUCAUGGCCAGCAGCCUCAGAGCCACCCCGGCCAUCUGGAUUGCCAGCAGCAGAAGCCACAGUCACUCCCCACACAAAUCCAAACUCCCGGUUUGGGCACCCAGCUGCCCUCAACAGUCCAUCAGAGCCAAGUGUCUGCACCAAGUGUGCCUCCACCCAACACCCAGAGCGACCCCCAGGCCCAGCCCAAAGCCCACAACACUGGGAACAGUGGUAGGAUGCCCCCGCAGGGUGUUCCUCAGAGCCAGCCAUCUUGUGUCACCCAGGAUCCCAGCAGUGCCCAGGCCUUGGCUCACGCCGCCCAGGCCAGUGCCCUCUACGCUAGUCUGCCCACCUUCACCACCACUCAGCUGCAGGAUGCCCAGCGGCUUCUUCUCCAGCACCAGUCGGCUUUGCUGGGGCUGCCCAAGCUUUCCGGAGGGGAGGCUGGGUCUGGAUCCAGUGCUGGCCUGGGUCAAGAAGCCGAGGGCAACGCCGCUACCGCCAGUGCCUUAACUGCAUCAGCCGGUCUCAAGACUGUUGAUGGAGAGGAGGAUGGUUCGUCAGGAGCCAGCGUUGUGGCCAUUGACAACAAGAUCGAGCAAGCUAUGGACCUGGUGAAGAGUCACCUGAUGUACGCUGUGCGUGAGGAGGUGGAGGUCCUGAAGGAGCAGAUCAAGGAGCUGAUCGAGCGUAACUCCCAGCUGGAGCAGGAGAACACCCUGCUGAAGACGCUGGCCAGCCCCGAGCAAAUGGCCCAGUUCCAGGCGCAGGUUCAGACCGGCUCCCCACCUGCUCCUCCGACAGUAGCAGCCACACCGGGACCCCCCAGCAACGCCCCCCUUGCCCAGCCGCCCACCUCGCACAGCUCCGGCCCGUCUGCAUAGCCCGGCCUGCGCGGACAGACUGACUUGAUCUGAGCUCUGCUACGGCAGCAGAGCCACACCUUGCCUUCUGCAGCAGGAGGCGACGCUGUUAAGACAAGAAUUUGCACAUAUUUAUCUCUCAGAAGGAUGCAGCCGGCGGGACGAGCGGUGCAGCGAGGGGGGUGACAAUCUCGAGAUGACGUAUUGGAGGUGGGGGAGGACUGAAUCAUCGAACAUUUGCCAAAUAAUCCUUUUGGACAUAUCAACUAGAAUGUCUUACCAAGAAGAAACAAAACAGCUUAUCAGUGGCGACAAUAUACUUAACUAUAGAUAAAAAAAAUCACUGUGCCUGUGUCUGGAUUUAAGUGAUGUCGAUUUUACUGAUGACAGAGGUGGAGGAGCAGGUGGAGGAGGAUUGUAUUGGUUGUUUUUUGCUGAAUGAUGUAAAUAAAAGUGGUUCUCUCUCGAUAGCGUUACACGUCGAGACGUUUGAGAGAGACAAACGCCUUCUCAGAGUGACAAAUGAAGAAUGUGAGCUAUUAUCAUGACCCCAUCUGGAAUGGGGGGGUGGGGGAGUUGGGUGAGGGAGGUGACGUUACUUACAACCGUGCGAACAAAAACGCGGUUUUCUUACGGAAGACGAGAUGAUGAUUUCAGUAUUUCACUUUCAAGCUCCUCAUUUUGCCCUCGACAAAGCUCAUCAUUGCUGUUUUCUCGACCCUGCGCGGCGGUGGCAGCAUGUGUAAUUUAUUCGAUGGGGUCGAGACAUUUGGGCUAAAGCUGCAUUUUCUCUUUCGUAAAAAAAAAAAAACAGUUUGACGGGCAGAAGAUGAUGUAUAUUUCUGUAUAGUGUAAGUACCAUGUAAAAUAGUGAGGAGGCACAGGGGGAAACAGAUGCUAUCUUGGUCACACAGAUUGAAACGGGCGAGCGGGCGGCCGGUCUGUGUCUAUUUUUAAUGCUGUAUUUUCAAGACGGUGGAUCGACGGGAGUUUAGGUUAUUUAACUGACGACGCACAGCCAACACAUGUUGUCCACAUCCCUUCCCUUACUGUACAACCAUCUUCACUUGGCUCUCUUUUUCUUUCUUUCUGCACAUUUUUAUUUUUAUUUUGACAGUGACGUACUUCUGGAUGAACAAUAUCUUAAAAACUCAACAUUUAAAACUUAAAAAAAAAACUGGAGAUGUUUUUUCUUUUUCAUUCUGUGUAUCAGUUGUAUGCUCAUGUUCUGUGCAUGUUUCUGCAGAAAAAUAAAAACAAACAAACCGGAUGAGAUAUUGUAACAUACUUACCACAAAUUGCACUUGACAGCUGCACUUCACAACUUUCAAUAAACAUGCUUAAAGAUGAAUAA